AUGGAGGAGGACACGCCCUUCACGAAGGCUCAGGUUAUCGAUCCGGAAGUCAGAGCCUACGUGUACAGUCUCGUCAAUGCCCUUGGUGGAAGCAGCGCCGACGAAGACGGUCGCUAUGUCCUCGGUGACGAUGCCCUAGCCUGCUUGCGCGAUUUGAAGAGAUGGCUGAAGCUAUACGACGAGAAAUUGAACAGAUUAGACGUCGCGCGAUGUCUGGCCGAAGCAAAACUCGUAGGAGGUGACCUCCUCCCGAUCCUCGCCUCCUGGGCCGACGACGGGAAGACCGACAGAGUCAAGUCAAGAGUUGCUUUGGCGUGUUUGGAAUUGCUGGUCCCCUUGACAUGGCCAUUGGAAACAACUGGCGAGUUGACCAAGAAUCACACCCGACACACUCCAUACCUGCAGCAAGCGCAAGUGCUGUACAAGGCCGGAAUAUUGAGCUGGGACACAAGCAGCAUUCUACGCCAAGUUGUACGCAUAGGUCUCCCAUCAAUUGCCUUGUCGCGAGACGAGCGCACGAGUCGAGAUGAUGGCAUCAUUAAGCUGGUGCUCUAUCUGCUCCGAAACGUUGCAGCAAUUCGACAAGUUCCGAAUCUCCCAAGUCAGGGCCUCGAAAUGGAAGUUUCUCGCUCUGCUACGAUCGAAGCCUUCGUGGAGCAAGACGUAUUUGCAUUAUUGCUCACUAUGUGCUCAAAUAUGGGCGAAGAUUUCAACCUGCAAGACGUUAUUCUUCUUGAGAUUCUAUUCAACUUGAUCAAAGGUGUCAACGUGCACAAGCUGUGGAUGACCAACGCACAGCGUGCAACGGCCAACAUAUCGGACCUUCGGGCGUCUUUAGCCACCGAAACAGCCAUGGAACGAGCGGCAAAGAAGCACGCGCCGUCACGGCACAAUCGCUUUGGAACGAUGAUCUGGGUCAAGCGAGAAGACCAUAAGACUUCUGCUUUGUCAGGACAGGACAACUUGCAAGAAAACAAAGCAUUGUUCAACAUGGACCAGUCGAAGAAAUGGAGCAAGCCUCGGACCAAACAGAAGGAUAUGCAGCAUACCAUGCACGACUUCAAUCGUUUCGAGGAAGUCACCGAUUCGGCGACCGAAAAGCUGCGCAACUUCGUGGAAGAAUUCCUUGACUCCGGCUUCAAUCCACUGUUCACCCACCUUCGCAAGGCUAUUGAGCGAGAAGCGGACCGCCUUCUCGAGGUCAACUACCGCCAGUUCUUCUACUGUGUUUCAUGGUUCCUCGAAGCAGAGCGAACUCGCCGAACCAUGAAUAAGAACGAAGUGAAGCCUGCGAACGUGACUACAGCCGGGUUCGAAGUUGAGAGCUAUGGCCUAGUGGCAGCCGUGCUCAACCAAGAAACAUUCAUCCUGUUGAACCGCUACAUGCAGACUUCCCUGGACAACAAGGAAUGGCAGGAUCUCAACGCAGCAAUGCGAUGCUUCACACAGAUUCUGCACACGGUGCAAGAAAUGGCCGCCAGUCCACUCGAGGACGACCAAGAGAUCGCAGAGAAUAUCCAGAACCGUAUCUUCUUCGAAGAGACGACGCACGACCGCAUUGUCGGCAUCCUGAGAGGCUACAAGGAUCAAGGCUUCGGCUACCUGGACGCGUGCACAGAGCUGGCGCACAGCUUUUUGCGGAUGCUGGAGCGCUACUCGAAAGAGAACGCCGACUUACAGAUCCGCUCGCGACGAAAGGCGCGGCAGAAGAAGAAGGCAGAGACGAAAGCGCAGCAAGGCGACGGUGACGGCGAAGCACAGGACGAAGAUGUGGACUCGGAACGUGAGGACAUCCAGGACGUAGCGCAGGUCUCACGGGAACGAAAGUUCGACUUCAAGCGCUUCGCAUCAAAGUUCGUCAAUCAGGCAUCGGUCAAUACCUUCACGGCGCUGCUGAGCUACUACCGGGAGCUCAACACGGAACAGCUCAAACGGGCGCACCGCUUCUUCUACCGGUGCGCCUUCAAGCAAGAUCAGGCGGUACUCCUGUACCGAGUAGACAUCAUCGCGCUUUUCUACCGUGUCGUUCAGGGACCCGAAGCGCUCGACACCAGCAGCGCCACAGGAAAAGACUUCGCCGAAUUCAGCAAACAGCUGUUCAAGAAGAUGACGAAGAAGCUGGAUCAGCGACCGGAGUUGUUGGUGGAGAUGCUCUUCAGCAAGAUCCCGUCGACACUCUUCUACUUAGAGUACGGCCACGAAAAGCAGACCUCCGCCGCGGCAAGAGCACCAGCCGAGCUUGAGGUGCGGCCUUCACUCGGUCGAGACGUGCGCGAGCAGAUCGGCAUCGUGGUGACAAUCCUGCUCAAGGACGAGAAAGCCCACUUUGUGCAGUGGCUGAAGGGUGUGCUCCUGAAAGGCAUCGAAGAGAGAUCGGCUUGGGCUCUGGAAGCAGAAGCGAGACAGGACGCAGCCAUCGCUGACGCAGCGAAGACGGGCGAGGCUCCCAAGGAGAUCGAGACCGGCACACCAUCUUAUAUCGCCGCACGACCUACGACUGACGAGAUCCGCACCGCCAUGUUCAAAAACGCCCGCCUCAAGCUGCUGAUGACGCUCUGCGGUCUCGAAAUCCUCGGCGACGAAGACGUCCUCGGCGCGCCGUGGAUUAUGCCCGGCUCCCUCACCGCCGCGCAGCUACGCGACUCCAGAUCCGCAGUCGAGGACUUCGAAACCACGCCCUGGCAAGGCGAGGACCCGGAGGUCGACCCACAAGACAUGCUCCGCCGCGUCCCGAAGGAAUCCACCGCCGGCGGCGACGCCUCGUACGCCUCCGGCGGCGCAGGCGCCGGCGCCGGCUCCCCCCGCCGCGAUGCCUUCAUCGACGACUCCGAGGGCGAAGAGGACUUUGAGUUCCCGGACAACAUCCGCGCCAAGCCCAACAAGCGAGCCAAAGCACUAGACGAGCUCAAGAAACGGCGCCGGAAGCGCAAGAGGGGAGACGAUGGUGAUGAGGGAGAAAACGACGAGGAGGAUGCAGAGGUCGACGACGAGCUCGCGGCCGCGAGGCGCAAGGCGCGCAAGGACGCCAACGACGAGCGCCGCCGCAAGAUCAAGUCCGACUUGUACGUGCAUGACAGCGACGAGGAGUCGGAUGCUGAGGCGGACCGCGCGUUUUUCGCCCGUGAGGAGGAGGUGCGGAGGAAGCAGGAGGAGAAUAUCCGCAGGGCCAUGGCGUUGGGGGUCGCGCAGGCGGACGUGGCGGAUGAUAAGGACGCGAAAGGAAAGAAGCAGAAGAAUCAGAAGAAGAGGGCGAAGGUGAAACCAUUCAGUGAGGCGGAGCUCAUGGGCGAGGAUGGAGAUCUGAUGGAUCUGGAUGGUGUGGAUGAUGAUGACCAGGAGGACGACACGGCAGAGAGCUCGCAGCCUGCACGGGACGAUGAGACGGACGCAGACAGCGCUGCGGGUGGUGGUGAUGGGAACGAUGAGACGCCGCUGUCGUCGCAGAGCGAGGAUUCGGUGCCGCGGCGGCCGUUGAAGGAAGCGCGGCAGCCUAGAGUCGCGAUGCCGGCGGCAUCCAAAAUCGUUGGUGAGGAGUCGGUGAUGAGGGAUGAUGAUGAUGCCGGAGACGACGAGGAGGAGGAAGAGCAAGGCAUCGUGCGCGCAUCCAGAAGGAGAGGCGGCUUCAUCGUGGAUAGUGAUGACGAUGAGUAG